AUGUCUAAAGUGGGCGCCAACCGACACAGCCAGUUCCGCGGCAAAGCAACAGCGGCGGCUAAAACGCGCAAUAAAGUCGUGAAUAAUAAUGGUGGUAACGAUAGCGGAAAUGGUAGUGUUAAUUGUAAUGGUAAUGGUAAUCAUAUCAGUAAUGGCAAUAGUAAUGACAAUGGUAAUGGUAAUGUUAAAGAUAACGAUAAUGGCAAUGGUAAUAACAAUAAUAGCAGUGCUAAUGUUAAUGGUACUGGUAAUGGUAAAGGUAGUGAAAGCCUAAAUGAUAAUGCUAAUAGCUCUACAAAUGACUAUUGGUAUUGGAAUUGUCAUGGCAAUGAUAAUGGCGAUUCGAAUUCUAAUGCUAAUAAUUUAAACUCUCAAAAGCAUAAUAUUUGGCAGCCUAAGUUGAUGAAUGCUCUCGAAUUUUGCUUACUUCCUAUAAGUUAUCAAUUAUUUUAG